AAUGCAUUGCAUUGUGGGAAACAGGAGCUAGUCGCCAUCUUGCUUUAGCGCCGCAAGUUAUCAGUGCAGAAUAAUAACCACGUUUGAAUGAAUAUUUUCGAGACAUACGAGUGUUUUAACAAUUCAGUUUGAGCAUAUAUUGCAGGUAGUGAGGUGUACGAGUGUGUAGGUGGAACACCGUGCUGUUUGUUGGAAUAUUUCCGACUAUAGAAUUAGCUAACUGGGUACGUUCGACUUGAGGUGAUCAUGGGUCGCUCUAGGAGUCGCAGUUCGUCCCGUUCCAAACACUCCAAAAGCAGCAAGCACAGCAAAAAACGGAGCCGGUCGCGUUCAAGGGACAAGGAGAGGACCAAGAAGCGAUCCAAGUCCCGUGAAGCGAAGAGGAACCGGCGCAGAGAAUCGCGUUCUCGUUCCCGGUCAGCUACAGCAUCGACCCGUAGGGAAAGGGAGAGAGCGGUCACACCGCCGGAGAGAAUUGACAUAUUCGGCAGGACACUGAGCAAGAGAAGCGCCUUGGACGAAAAACAGAGAAAAGAGGAGGAGGAGAAGAAAGUCGAGAUGGAAAGACAGAGGAAGAUCAACCCUCCCCUCUUUCUCUCGCCACCCUUGCCGAGCAGCCGGCAGGUGGAGAUAGAGGAGAAGCUGAUCGAGGAGGAGACGGCGCGUCGUGUGGAGGAACUGGUGGCCAAGCGGGUGGAGGAGGAGCUGGAGAAACGUAGGGACGAGAUAGAGCGGGAGGUGCUGCGGCGUGUGGAGGAGGCCAAGCGCAUCAUGGAACGCCAGCUGUUGGAGGAGCUGGAGAAACAGAGGCAGACGGAGCUACAGGCCCAGAAGGCCAGAGAGGAGGAAGAACGAUCCAAACGGGACGAGCUGGAGAAAAUCCUGGAGGAGAAUAACCGCAAGAUCGCUGACGCUCAGGCCAAGCUGGCUGAGGAGCAGUUGCGUAUCGUAGAGGAGCAGAGAAAGAUUCACGAGGAGAGGAUGAAGCUGGACCAGGAUCGGCAGCGGCAGCAGAAGGAGGAACAGAAAAUGAUCCUGGGCAAGGGAAAGUCCCGGCCCAAGCUCUCCUUCUCCCUCAAAGCCACCGAAUGAGUCUCUCAUCCCUCCUCUCUUCCUUCUCAUCCCACCCACCUCUCUGCUCCUCCUCCUCUCUGGAACGCUAGCUGUGUGGAAGGCUGAAGGAAGGGUAGCCCACGGCGCUGUCCUGCCACGCACCGCCCUGCUCUACAGACCUUUCCCAACCAAGCCUUGGAGGGAGGCCCGCCCACCUUCAAACACCUGUCUCGCCGCUUGACCCCUUUGACUCCCCCCCCCCACCCAGUGACUAUUGUUUGUGUUUUUAUUUUUUAAAUUUAUUUUUAAGGAUCUGAUCUGUCAUGUACAAAACUGUCACUACGUGGUCCUCUUACUGUGGCCCACGAGUGGUUGAGUCCCCUCUGUUUCUUUAGGGUAAGUGUGUUCUGUUGAAGCUUAUUAAAACUGUGGGCUUUA